AUGGAGGGCAUUCCAGUGGUGGACUUUGCAUUAUUUAUGGAAGACCCAGGAGAAGCUAGGAAACGCCUAGAAUCGUUGGAAACGAUCAGCAAUGCGUGUAAGGAAUUUGGUCUGUUUCAACUGGUUAACCAUGGUUUGGAUUCUCACAUCUUGAGCAAGGCACUCCAAAAUGCUCACAGCUUCUUUGAGCUCCCUCUUGAAUACAAAUGCAAAUUUACUACCGCCGACAAUUCAGUUGGUUUCGUGCACCAAAGUGGUGCUAAAGGAGGACCUCUAGAUCGAAAGGAGCAUUUCAUGAUUGCUGCAGAAGAUAAGUCCACCUUGUGGCCAGAUUUAGUACCGAGCUUCAGCUUGGGAGCUCCUGGCGACACUCUCCACAAGUGCUAUGACAAGAAUGCAGAUUACUACAAUUUUCUCCACUAUCCAGCUUGCUCCGACUAUCAGGGCCAAGUUCUCGCCCCUCAUCAAGAUGGUACCAUCUUCACCGUGGUGUCCCAGCUUAAUCGUGUUCCUGGUUACCAGGUCCUCAAAGAUGGCACUUGGCACCUUGUAGUGCCAGAAGAAAAUUCACUGAUUAUAAACCUUGGAGACAUCUUGCAAGUAAGUGAUCAGGAGGUAUUGGUUUAA